GUUGAUACUCAGUAGAUUAUAGAAUCUACAAUAGUGCUGAAGCAUAUCUCCUAUUUUCCUUUUACUUUGUGUCAUGUACACAUUGAAUCCGAAGCAAACCCCACUCUGAUUUAGCUCUCUCGAUUCAAUCCUAAUUCCAUAAUCAUUAUGGACAAUAACAACAGUAACAAUCCCGAUGCUGAUUCCAAAGCUCCGCCCAAGAUCACCGGCGACCAAAUCCCUUCUCCGGCAGCCGGAGAAUCUAACUCCCCGCCGGCGGAGAAUAUCAACGAUGCUCGCCAGACGAGAACUGCCUUCACCGAGCUUAGUCAGGUCGAUGCUGAUCUUGCCCUCGCUCGUACUCUUCAAGAACAGGAAAGGGCGUAUAUGAUGAUUAGAAUGAAUGGGGAUGGAAGUGAUUAUGGAAGUUGGGAGACUGGGAGCUAUGUGGCCGAGGAUGAUGAUUUUGAGGAUCACAGCGAAAAUGAGUCUGACGGUUCUGAUGCAAGUGAUGAACAUGAGCAUGACUCUGACGAUUCUCACGAUGAAGAAGAUGAGCUUGAUGUUCAUUCUCAUGACGAUGAAGAUGAUGAUAUUGAGGAUGAUGGUGGUGAAUCUGAUAUUGAAUUAAACCCUGCUGAUUUUCCAAAUGACGAGGCUUAUGCACGAGCCCUACAAGAUGCUGAAGAACGGGAACUGGCUAUGAGGUUGCUUGCACUUUCUGGGAUAAAUGAGAUGGUAGCUGGUUACUCUGAGGAGCUAGAUGAUCGUGGCGGUGAUUCUCAGGAUGCUUGGGAGGAGGUUGAUCCAGAUAAUUUAUCAUAUGAGGAAUUACUUGCACUGGGUGAUGUUGUCGGAACUGAGAGUAGAGGGUUAUCUGCUGAUACAAUAGCCUCAUUGCCUUCAAUGAGUUUCAAGAUGGAAAGCAAUCAGGAUGGAAACAUGGAAUCGUGUGUAAUUUGCCGGCUGGAUUAUGAGGAGGGAGACACCUUGACUUUGCUUUCCUGUAAACACUCAUACCACCCAGAGUGCAUAGACAACUGGUUACGUAUAAACAAGGUCUGCCCGGUUUGUAGCGCUGAGGUCUCCUCGUCAGGAAACAGUUAGCAGUGAUAUUAUUGGUGUCCUCAUUGUGAAACAGUUUAGCAGAGAGGCUGAUGAUGAUCUUCAUCUUCAAGUUUCUAAAUUGUAUGGCAUAACUUGGUGGGCAGACAACAAGAGUGGUUCACUGGGUCUUGUUUCUAUGUUAUUGUGCUUCUUGCUGGCAUAAAGACUGUAGUACAUUUUUUUGUUUUGUAUGCGUUUUUAGCACUGCCCCAAUGCAAUUAGCAUUUAAAUCUCAAUAUUUGCCAGAGUGUGCUCUACACUAUAGUUUAUUUUAUUGAACCCCAAGGGUGGCCUUUAGCCAGCUCUAGAUUUUCAUUUCCUUAA